AUGGCGCGUGCAGGAGCCUGGGACGGCUCCAACAUCCACGAGGAUCACAUUGAUUUCCUCCGCAAGACGCGGCGGCUGCCCAGCGAGGACUAUGUGAGGCCCCCUCCCUUUCUCUACCACCGCCUGUUCCGCACCGUCUCCUCCAACUGGAACCGGUUCCUCACCGACGCGCCGGGGGCCGCCGCCAAGACCAAGGGCUCGGCCCCGCCGGCGGCGACGGUCUCGCUCUCGCUGCCGUUCCUCUUCGCCUUCGCCUUCGACCCCGUCUCGCGCCGCCUUCAGUGCCAGGCGCUCGACCCCUUCUCCCGCCGCUGGCUGCUGCUGCCCCCGGUCCCCUGCGGCGCCGCGGCCGGCUCGUUCGCCGUCGUGGGCCUCCCCGCGCGCGGCGAGAUCUAUGUGAUCGGCGGCGUGGAGGAGGGCGGCGACAAGGCCGUGAGCAGCGUGGCCGUCUACAGCGCGGCGACCAACGGGUGGGGGCAGGUGGCCGGCAUGAGGACGGCGAGGGGCUACAUGGCGGCCGGCGAGGUGGGCGGGCGCGUGGUGGUGGCCAGCGAGGACGGAGAGGCGGAGGUGUUCGACCCAGAGGCCGGUCGCUGGUCGCCCGCGGCUCCCCGUGGCGGCGCGGCCGUGGCGAGGUACGACGCGGCGGCGGCGGGCGGCAAGCUGUACGUGACGGAGGGGUGGGCGUGGCCGUUCGAGCGCGCGCCGCGGGGCGCGGUGUACGACGCGGCGGCGGAUGCGUGGUCCGACAUGGCGCGCGGGAUGCGGGAGGGGUGGACGGGCUCCUGCGUCGUGUCGGGCGGCCGGAUGUACAUCGUGGCCGAGUACGGCGAGUGGCGGCUGAAGCGGUACGACGAGCCGCGGGAUGAGUGGCAGAUGGUGGCCGGCGGCGGGGUGCCGCAGGAGGUGCGGCGGCCGCACGUCGUGGCGGGCCAGCUGGAGGAGGUCGGCGGCGGCCGGCGCAGGAUCUACGUGCGGCUGGCACACAUGCCAGCACACAAAAAGGGGCGGGAGUUCGACCACGCCAUUACGUCCGCGGUCAUGCCAGCACACUUGCCGACAUACAAAAAAGGAUGUCGCUCGCCGCCAUUGGAAGGCGCCACCACGCUCACCUCGGGCAAGCACUCCCCGGAGAAGCGGGAGGCCUGCAG